UGUAUAUCGCUUCACCUUUCCGGUAGAGUCACAGAAUUCGUGAGCGUUAACGAUCGCUCGCCUCCAAGUGCUUCUGAAGGUGCUGGAAGACCGCUUGGGGAGAGCGAAAGCGCCUACCGUGGGAGGAUGAAGCUGUUUUCCGUUGUGUUCCCCCUGUUCGUGAUGCUUCUGACCAAGAACUUCACAGUGGCUUCAUCCUAUGCUUUCUAUGAUGAUAACAGGGUCCCAGAAAUGCCCGACUGCAAAUGGUAUUCCCUUCCAGGAUGUCCAAGAGACUUAAACCCUGUAUGUGGAACAGAUUCCAUAACCUAUGGCAAUGAAUGCCUACUUUGUCAGAAAAUUAGGGACGAACAACAGGACAUUCAAAUCAAGUGGAGGGGAGUCUGCUGAUGAUUCAGCAGACACGAAGAAAAUACGGCUGAGAGAAAACACUUUAAAAUGGGAGAAUCACCUGAAACUUUAGCUUUCACUUUUCAAGUUUCAUAAAUUUUCUUGACUCCCCUA